CGAAAAACCGCUUGUAAAACCUUUAAAAAAUAAAUAUUACAAAUUACUAGAAAUUACUAACAAAUACAAAUUCAAGCUAAGAAACGGGUGUAGAAGCUUUAUUGGGAAAAACGGAUCUCUCGGGGACCUACGCAAAAAAGUCAAAUUUUAGAUCCAAAAUUUGUAGGAUCAAUGCGGAUAAUACCAAGUCAAUUAUUCUAAUCAAUCUGUAAUUGCACAUAAAAUUUAGCUAAAAUGCAUGGCCCCUUUAAAUACAGUUUAAGUUCUGAAAUUCUUACAUUGACGAGAUUUGAAUUAAUGAAUCUGAUAUUGAUACUGAAGUCUCUAAUGGUUUGUCAGGUUUAAUACUACACGAAUCUAGUGCUGUGGUUGGCUCAGCUGGGGAUCCAGGAAUAUUUUUAUUAUCAGAUGCUGGCGCCUCAAAUCAUGAAGUCGUAUCAUCCCAAGAGCAACUAAAUAGCUUCCCUCUAAAAGAGAUGACAUCUAUUACCGAGAAAGAACUAGUUUCUAACACGCAAAAAGAAGCAAUAGAAGAACUUUGUAUACAAAAAAAUUCUUCAGUUGUUUAUAAUUAUGAAUGCAAAACGAAAAAUCAAAUAUUAUCAGAUGACUGCAAUAAUAAGGAAAUUUCAGAGCCAUUCUCUGAGAUAAAACAAGAAAAUGUCUCACCUAAGUCAUCCGGAUCCGAGGAAGCUGUUAAACAAAUUUCAAAUCAUCUAGCUUUUUUGAACUCUUACGAUGAACCAUUAAUAAGGACUAUAGAUUCUUUGAAAGAACAAGCCAGCAUUGAAGAAGGUGAAAUUAUUGUAUACAACCAAAUGCCACUUAAUGAAACCAGAGAAAGUUCUGCCCAAAGUGACUCUGUGGUUUUCGGUGAUGUUGAGUCAGAAAAAUUCAAAAUUAAAGAUAGUAACAGCGAAGAAGAAUCUGCAAGGGCACCGCUGAUACGUCAUUACACAAUCGCUGGAGACGAUCCCAGAAGCAUGUUUAGGUCUGUCACCCUUGAAGAUGCUAGAAAUGAUAUAGAAAUUGGUAGCAAAGAUCUUAUGACUGCUUCUAGCAUCAACAGCACUAACAGUUUAUUUUUAGACGACGAAAUUUCGGAAAACAUUCGCAAGAAAAUGUUGGCCUUUUCGCUAUCUGAAACGGAUUCAGAUUGCAUUGACCCAAGAAAUAUUAACCAAGAGAACUUUGAAAUAAACACGGCUAUGGCAGAUAUUUUGGGCACAUCUACUGAAACUGAAUCUACAAUUGUAUCGGCGGCCACGAAAAUACAAGCGGGAGCUCGUGGGUUUCUUACCAGGCGACGAAUGCGACGCGCUAGUGCCGGUACUAAAUCCUCAACGCAAGAGACAAAGGCAUCCUUUGGAAACGCUGCAAUUAGCGAAUCUUUUGAGCGACUCAUUGAGGAAGAAGCUGCGAAAAAAAUACAAGCCGCAUAUCGUAUGCACACAAGAAAACUUAAAGGACAUAAUCGAAAAAUGCAAGGUAUCAGCUUAGAAAGCAAUUUAGCCGCCAGGCGUCAAAAAUUGCAGCGCGGGGACGCGCUUCGAAAUGACUCGACGCCUGAUGAAGAUAACAUUCCUCUUAAAAAUGGUGGACAUACACAAAAACUCCCAAAGUCACUUCGAAACAAAGAAAAGGCAGGUGAUGGUGUAAAAUUGAAAUCUAGCAUGGAACUAAAAUGGUUGACAUUAAGGCAGAACUCAAUGCCAGUACAAAUUGAUUGCAAUAUUUUAAGAGUUAUUCCUAAGCACAAAAAAAAACGUAUAAAAAGCGCAGAAUAUAAGAAAAUGGCAUCCAAAUAGCUCGACCCAUAUUUAUGCUAAACUUUGUUCAAAUAAAUGAUCAAGUAUAUAUGUA